AUGUCGGAAGCUGUCGAUGACGUUUACACGGCCUUGGAGAUGCUCCAGGCAAGAAUGUUACGGUACACGGAAGACUUCCUGGAAAUGACAGACAGAAUGGAAGGGCAGAGCCUCAACGUGAUCGCCGCCUUGGCCCUUGCGAAUGAAACGGCUCUCGAGAACCGCGACCGUUUCGCCUACUUUCGGAGGUGGUCGGACGAGUACGCCGGGGUGGGGACAGCGGGCGUACAGGGGCUGGUGGCCGCGGUCGGAAUUUCCGGGGCGGUGGGGCUGCUCGGAGUCGCCGCAGGACUCGCCAAGGGCAAGUCCUGCUCGCCAUGCAUAAAUCUGCUGCGCCUGACCUGCGCCGUGACGUUCACGACCACCUGGGCGGCGUUCAUCCUGUCGUCCCUGGUCAUCGUGGGCGCCGUCGCGUGGUCGGACGGCUGUCAGUUCUUGAACCUAGCCGCCACUAGAGGCUGGGAGACCGCCGGGUUGGACGGUCUAAGCGCGGCGGUUCUCGAUGGAUGCCUCCGUGGAAACGCCGUGACGGAAGAGUUUAACAUCACGGAUGCUUUGGGGUUCUUCGAGUCGUAUCCUGGCACCGCAGAAGAGGUGGGCGCCCUGAACGCGACCUUCGCGGAGACGGACGUGGAGACGGCGAUCUCCGCCAUCUCCGACUUCGUCUACUCCCUCAACGCCACGGCCGUCGCCGUCUCCCUCCUCGACUUCUACACCAACGCCGAGGUCAACGGCUCUCUCCUCUUGGAACCGGACUGCCCGUACAACGUCACCUUCGAAGACGAAACGGCCUUGGACUACAUGUCCCGGGUGUUCAACUCGUCGGACUGUUCCUCGAUCAACGGCGACCUCCUCUCCGCGUGGGACCUUGCGGCGCGCGAGCGGGCCUACCGAGAUCAGAUGCAGGACGACCUAACAUGCAUAACGACAUCGUCGAACGUAGAGUGCUCAAAUUCCUCGUCGUCGUCGUCGUCUUCACUACUGUCCUCGUCGUCCUCCUCCUCUUCGACGUUCUCCCUGUCACCCUGCUCUUGCACGAGCGACGGCUACACCGGCGCGCCCGACACCCUCCUGGCCUACUUCAGGUCCUUCGCCGAAAACGUUACGGCCCUCCGCGCCGACCUGGCGAGCCUACUCACCCCGCCCCUGGAAGCGGAAACCGCGGCGUUUUCGGGGCAGGGGGCGCUGGCAAACGCGUCCUCGGACUCCUGGGCGGCGCGGUGCGCGUCUCGGUGCUCCUUCGUCGAUUCGCAUUACCGGAACUUCGAGGGCGCGAUGUGCGGCACGGCGCUGGGAGGGCUCGCACAGGUCGGGUUCUCCAUGUUCAUGAUCGGAGUCGGCGGGCUGGCCCUCGCGGUCACCUCAGGGAUUAUGGUCCACAGGCUCAAGGAGGUGUGGGCGAAGAGCAUGACCAAGGUGCUCAGCACGGAGGAGGACAUCGUGAUGGAAGAGUACUGA